GAAGAACACAAAAGUAAUUUAUUAGCAAACGAGUGUAAAAUUUGCUUCGCGGUGCUUUUUUCAAUCAUCUUCAAUCCUUAAUUGCUGUGGAUUCGAUAAUCUCCCAGAACGAGAAGAAAUCUACGAUCUACGAUUCUUGCUACGGAGCAAUUCAAAUUCGAUGACGACGUAGUUUUAACGAAGAAGACGGAGAAGUGCAUCGGAGAUUCGCAAUAUGGAUCCGGAGCAGACGUUUAUUAGGGUUCAGGAGAGGUUUUCGCAGAUCUUAACGCCAAGGAUUAGAGGUUUCUUAGAGUAUACUUACCUCUUCGUUGCCAUCACUUUGUUCUGUAUCCUCGUUGUUAUGCACGCCAAUUAUGUUCAGCAGCCUGGUUGUUCUAGUGAGCUGACUGGAGUUGAGUUAGCUGAAGCAGAGCUUAUGCAAAUUAAGAUAACAAGUGCAGGGUUGUGGUCACGUAAUGAUGAAAGUACUGCUGCAGAUGUUCCUCGAGUUGUAGCUGCAACUGAUAGUUUAGAAGUCUCAAAGACUGAUCAAGAAAGCUCUACCAGUGAAGAAAAUGCCGAUGAUAUAUUUGUGAAAAUUGAUAAGGAAGAGCCCCGCAGUAGUUUCUCAGUGUCUGCAAAAGAGAAUGUCAGAGCAGCUCUUCUUCGCUUUCUCAAAAAGUGUUAUAGGCGCAUAUCUUUCGUUUUACAGCAUACAGCACGGAUCCUCAGAGGUGUUCGAAAAAUAUGGAACAUCAUCGGCAUACCGUUGAAUCUUGAUGUGCCCAAAUUGUUGCAUGUACUGUAUAUGGAUAAAGUCAACUACUAUGCAGUUCAGUGGCUUGAGAGUAAAACUCAAGAGUUUGAGCCAACAUAUCUAUAUACCAUGGAAAAGGGUUACUUUUUGCUGCCUGAUGAAGCAAAAUCACGGCAUAACAUUCGCACUGCAAAUGUCAGCAUAUCGGCACGGCAUCCCUGCUUUGGGAACAGGUGGCAGCAACUUCUUAUAAACAGAGUUGUAGGAUAUGAUACUAUUAUAAUGAAUAGCUUACAGAACUCUGCUGGUCAAGGUUAUCUAUACAACUACCAGACAAGAGAGUUUUACAAUCUCAGUUACUCCCAAGAACUUCCUGAAGGUUCUGCGCAAUUCGGAGAUUACUUGGUAACGAAAUGUGGUGUGCUAAUGAUGUCACUUUUUGUGUUUUUCACAACCACAAUGUCUGUGUCAUUCACAUUGCGAGAGACACAAACUCGCAUGUUAAAGUUCACAGUGCAGCUUCAACACCAUGCCCAGCAUCGGUUACCAACAUUUCAGUUGAUCUUCGUACACGUGAUCGAAUCGCUUGUCUUUGUACCAAUUAUGAUUGGGAUUCUGUUCUUCCUGUUUGAGUUUUACGACGAUCAGCUAUUGGCUUUCAUGGUUCUGGUUCUUGUCUGGCUAUGCGAAUUAUUCACCCUGAUAAGUGUCAGGACACCAAUAUCGAUGAAGUUCUUCCCGCGUUUCUUCUUGUUGUACUUCUUGGUGUUCCAUAUUUAUUUCUUCUCGUAUGCAUAUGGCUUUUCUUAUCUCGCCCUAAUGACAACCGCUGCAUUCAUGCAACACCUAAUUCUAUACUUCUGGAACCGUUUUGAGGUACCAGCUCUUCAGAGAUUCCUUCAAAGCCGACAGUCACACCUACAGCAACACCCAGACUUCCACAUCACUUCUUCAACAAUCCUAGCAUCAACUCUUCACAUCACAAGGCUGAACAGAACAACAAGAAACCGAUCUCCAUCUGGUCCAAACAACACAACCCCAAACCAAAACACGGAAACAAGAUCUCCAACAGCAGAUGGAGGAGGUGUCAGGAAUCCAACACAACAUCAAGAGCAGCAAGAAGAGAAUGCAGCAAACACCAUUCCUGCAGAGCCUAACAACCAGCAAGCAGGCGCAAUGAGCUCAUUCAGUUCGAUGCUGCUAUGGAUUUUAGGCGGUGCUUCGUCAGAAGGACUUAACUCGUUUCUCUCGAUGUUUAGAGAUGUUAGAGAUGAAGAAGAAGCGCAAGUGUUUGCAGAUACUACACCUCAAAACCCGCAUCAUGAUCCUCUUUCAGUUGAUUAAAAGUUUCUUCCUUUGUUUGCUGUAUAUUUUGUAUUUUCUUUUUGGCGUUUGGUUUUUUGUUCCUUGUUUGCUUGUAUAGUCACUGGCCAAAAGAGACUAGCUUUUGAGAUAUUAAACAAGGUAAUCAAAA